CAACACUGUGGGCUCCAUUAUUCACGGGAACAGAGAACAUCCAACCCACUGAAAAGAGAGAUAUUAAGGAGCUUCACCUACAGACCUGCUGGAGGUUUAUAUACUCUCUAGAAGUUUCCAACUAAAAAAAGAAUCAGAGCCUCAGUUUGCAAAAUUAGAGCUGAACUUAAAUUUUUCUACAAAAGAGGUUUCUUGAAGAAACCAUGGAGAUCAGAGGGGCACUCGUUCUGCGGAAAAGGCAAGUUCUGUUUAUCUUUGUUUUACUGGGAUUGUCUCAGGCAGGUCCUGAGUCUGUGCGCUAUUCUGUGGCAGAGGAAACAGAAAUUGGCUCUUUUGUGGCCAAUCUGGCAAGGGAUCUGGGGCUUGGGGUGGAGAAGCUCUCUUCGCGGGAGGCGCGGGUAGUGUGUGAUGAUAAUGAAAAGCAUUUGCACCUCGAUUUGCUGACCGGGGAUUUGCUCGUAAAUGAGAAACUGGACCGGGAAGAGCUGUGUGACUCCACGGAGCCCUGUGUUCUGCAUUUUCAGAUGGUACUGGAAAACCCUUUACAGUUUUUUCGGGCUGAGCUGCAUAUCAAAGAUAUAAAUGAUCACUCCCCUACAUUUCUUGACAAGGAAAUAGUUAUUAAAAUAUCAGAGAGUACCAUUAUUGGAACCACAUUCCUAAUGGAGAGUGCCCAAGAUUUGGAUGUAGGAAGCAACAGUCUCCAAAACUACACAGUUAGCCCGAAUUCUCAUUUCCACAUUAAAAUUCAAGACAGUGGUGAUGGAAAGAUAUACCCUGAACUAGUCCUGCACAGAGCGUUGGACCAUGAGGAGGAGCCUGAGCUCAGAUUAACACUCAUAGCACUGGAUGGUGGAUCCCCGCCCAGGUCUGGGACAACUUUGGUCCUCAUCAAGGUCUUGGACAUCAAUGACAAUGCCCCAGAGUUUCCUCAGAGGCUCUACGAGGUGCAGGUCCUGGAGGACACACCUGUUGGCUCUUGGAUUAUCACCAUCUCUGCUAAGGAUUUGGAUGCAGGAAACUAUGGGAAAAUAUCUUACACAUUUUUUCAUGCAUCAGAAGAUAUUCGUAAAACAUUUGAAAUCAAUCCACUAUCUGGGGAAGUUCAUUUGCGAUCACACUUGGACUUUGAAGCAAUACAGUCACACAUUAUAAAUAUUCAGGCAACAGAUGGUGGGGGUCUUUCGGAAGAAUGCACUCUUCUGGUUAAAGUAAUAGAUAUAAAUGACAAUCCACCAGAAGUGACCAUGUCAUCAAUUACAAAGAUAAUUCCAGAGAACGCCUCAGAGACCCUUGUGGCUCUUUUUAGUGUCCGAGACCAAGACGCUGGGGAAAAUGGGAGGGUCGUUUGCUCUAUUCAGGAUGACCUCCCAUUUUUUCUGAAACGGACCUUCAAGAACUUUUUCACUCUAGUUGCAGAAAAAGCACUGGACAGAGAGGAAAGAGCCGAGUACAACAUCACCAUCACCGUCACAGAUAUGGGAAUUCCGGGCCACCUGGUGGACGUCAGCGGCACGGGGACCCUGUCCCAUAGCUACCAGUACGAGGUGUGUCUGACGGGAGGCUCUGGGAGUAAUGAGUUCAAAUUCUUGAAGCCUGUCUUCCCCAAUAUUCUGGAAUCGGACCUUGGGAGGAAGUCAGAAAGAAGUUCAACCUUCCAGAAUAGUUAGGUAUCUAAAACUUCCCCAAUGCAAACAUUAGUUUUGUCUCCUACACCUUUCCCUUUUUUAACCUAGUAGUAAUCUUUAAUGCUACUUGUCUUUCUUCUUUUCUGGUUUUUCUUAGUAAUACUACUCAUUGUUUUGUUGGCCUGUUUGUCCUAUAAUUAUUUUUACAAUUAUUGUUAGUAAAAAUUUUAUAUCAGGAAAUUUCAUAUUUCUGAUUAAACUUUUAGUAUUUAUUUCUACAUGAUAAUAUGAAAGUUAGCCUCUCAGAAUAAAAGUAAUUCUAAGUUUAAAAGUACAUUUCUCACUAUAUGACACUACAUAAAAAUGUCUGAUCCCUUUUUAUCAUACUUCAUUUUUUAAUUACUGGAAGUUUUUUAAGUUUUUAUUAUUUACACAGUUAGACUUGUCUAUAACCCGUCUUCUGUUUGGAGUGGAAUCAGUUUAUAUUUACUUAUGUCCAAUUUCUUCCAAGCUCUGUUUGGAUUUUUGUUUUACCAAUAGGCAGCAAUAUGUAUAAUUUCAUGCUAUUUAUUUCAAAAAUCACACUUGUAAUCAUUGGACUUUUACUCUGAAAUAUUGCAUAUGUUAUCUCAUGCAAGUAUAUAUUUAUCAUCUAUUCUUUCUCAUCUAAAUUAAUGUUGAAUAUACUUGUAAGUUCUUCCUUAUAUCUAACUGAAGUUGUGAUCCUGUUAAAGAGUUUACUGAUACCAGGUUGACUAUGUUUAAGGAGUUCUUUAGACGUGACCAAGUAAUGCAUUGCCUGCAAUUGUCCCUUGCUAUUGUAGAUGAAUUCUCAAGUGAGCUCCAAAUUCUGGGCCUAGAGGAGCUUUUGAUGACACAGCAUUCCAAUGUCUGCUUGCCUUUGGAUGACGACAUUGUUCUGGUUAAUAGGGAAUUUGAAAGAAAAUGCAUUGUAGAAUUAAUAUUACUUAACCAAAGAAAGCUUAGUAAAGGAUAUGUUGGUGAGGGAGUUGAAUGAUUUGAAGAAAUAAUCAGCUCUGUUGUCAGGACUCCUCUAUCUCCAGGAGCCUCAUAAGUGGAUACUAUAGAAUGGUGUAGUUGACAGCGUAAUGGCCCCUAAAGACAUCCACAUCCUAAUCCCUGGAACCUGUGAAUAUUCUGUGUUGUAUUGCAAAAGGAAAUUAAGGUUCAGAGGAAGUAAGGUUGCUAAUCAGUUAGUCUUAAAAUAGGGAGAAUAUCCUAGAUGAUCUGGAUGGGCCUGAUUCAGUCAGUUGAAAGGCCUUAGAGCAGAGCUGAGUCUUCCCUGAGAUGAAGAAAGGCUGACUGUGGGCAGCAGCUUCUCAUGCCCCAGACUUCCAGCCUGCUCUUUCUAAUUGCCUGCUCUACAGAUUUUGGACUUGCCUAGCCAGCUCACCCAACCAAGUAAGUCACUUCCUUGCAAUAAAUCUCUUAAUAUAUAUCUCCUGCUGGUUCUGUUUCUCUGGUUGAACCCUGACUGAUACAGAUGUUGGUACCUUGAAGUGGAGUGCUGCUGUAACAAAUAACUAAAAAUAUGGAAAUUGCUUUGGAAUUGAGUGGCAGGCAUAGGCUGGAAGAAUUUUGAAGCGCAUGAUGGAAAAAGCCUAGAUUGCUUUGGACAGACUGUUAGUUGAAAUACAGAUGUUAAUAACUCUGCUAGCGAAGACUCAGAGGGAAGUAAGGAGUAUGGUGGAGAAAACAUAUAUUGCCUUAUAGAUUACCUAAAUCAAAACCUUAGGAGACUUGGUAGUAAUAUGGAUGUUCCCUGGUGCACAGUGGUUAAGACUCCGCCUGCCAAUGCAGGGGACAGGGGUUCGAGCCCUGGUCCAGAAAGAUCCCACAUGCCGCGGGGCAACUAAGCCCGUGUGC